UACCUAGCUCUUUGGCAAGAGCGCAUAAUAAACUGGACUGGACAAAGACGUCAAAUCAAAACUGAACUGAAGUGAAAACACGAAAAGCUGCCUGCCUUCAUUUGUGAACUCGACAUCUUUUAUUUUGUGUUUCGUAUUCUCGAACAAACAAUAACAAAAUAAUGGCUAACAUAGCCCCCAAACGUGUCGAGAGAGAAAUUAAAGAAGUGAUGAAAAGUGAAGAGUUGGCGAAUGGUUCAAUAAAAAUAGAACUAGCAAAUAAUAGUUGGACAGAGCUGAAAGGUGAGAUUGGCGGGCCGCCGGAUACACCAUAUGAAGGCGGCACAUUUUUACUGGAGAUCAAAGUACCAGAAACUUACCCCUUCAACCCUCCUAAGAUUCGUUUCGUCACCAAGAUCUGGCACCCUAACGUGUCCUCCGUGACGGGGGCUAUCUGUCUAGAUAUCCUCAAAGACCAGUGGGCGGCCGCGCUUACUCUGCGCACGGUCCUGCUUUCCAUCCAGGCUUUGCUCUCAGCCGCCGAGCCCAACGAUCCGCAGGAUGCCGUCGUGGCCAAGCAAUACUUAGAAAACCCACAACUGUUCAAGAUGACGGCCAGGCAUUGGACUAACGUGUACGCCGGCGGGCCGACGAUCAUCAAUGAGUUCGACCACAAAGUGCGCAUGCUUACCGACAUGGGCGUCGACGAACAAUCCGCCAGAGUUGCCCUCUCCGCCUACGGCUGGGAUGUCGAAAGGGCCACCGAGGAACUGUUUAGUUAGUCUAGCUGUUAUACUUAUCCUUUGCGCCACAACGCGUUAAGAUAAUUCUUGUGAUCCAAUUUUCUCUCCUAUCAUAUUUAAUUAAUAAUCGUCAAAUAGUAAGAAUUCAAUAGAUUUUAGUUAACAAUCGAGAAUUUUUUCAGGUACUAUUUUUGUUACUAAAUUGAUUCAAACUGGCAAAUUUGCAACUAUACAUACAUCGAAUCACUCUUAAGUUUUGAUUUAUUGUUUUCUCUUUAUUAUAUAUGUUUUAUUAUAUAUUUAAUUUGUAUGUCCAAUGUGAUCUAUCUGUCAAUAUUUUCGGUACGUGUGGAUAUAUUUUAGAUUACUGGAUAGAUUUAGGUAACGUUAAAUUGGAGUUAGUCAGAUUAACAUUUUGAAUGGCACUGGCGCGGUGGGUGCGACCGCGUCACAAUGGCUGGCGUUCAAAAGGUUAACCUUUGCAAAGAGGUACAUAUUUUUAUACGAUCUAAUUUGUUCGUUGUCCUUCCGGCAGAUCGUGGCGAACUGUGACCGUGCGAUGGAGAAGUUCGAUAAUUUUUUGUCACGCUUUUAUUUAUUCUUGAAGUUAAAAGUGCAAGAGGAUCAUUUACAAAAAAGAAAGCAGAUCCACGUGAUCUUGUUCUACUACUUUUUCUAAGUAGAUUUUCUUCCUCGUUUUCCUUUCACAUUGUGCAGGCAUAGUUGGUGAAGAUGCAAAUUUUUUAUUUGUUUUCGUAAUGAACUCCCAUCAUGUGAUCUGAUCAGUAAAUAUAUUUUGUUAAGAUUUCGGUUUAAUUAUUUCAAGCUAGAUUUCAAUUUGAGGAUAUUUACUUAUUAGACAAUACAAUAUCCUUUUAGUUUCAUUUCUGUGCUAUAUCUACUUAUUGAAGUUGUUCUCUUGUAGCUAUUCAGCACAAAACUUCUAAUUCUGGAGGAUCUCUUACAGUGUAUAAAGUACUCAGUAGUGAUAUAAUUUGCAAGUAUAAUUAUCAUAUUAUAUUUGUAUUAAAAUAGCUCAAUAGUUGUAUAGUCGUUUGACUUUGAUAAAUACUCUCCUAACAUUGUGUCGAAAAUCAGAAGUAGAAACUGUCAUCUUGAGACAAAAAUAAACUCGAUUAUAUCAUAGCUACGUAUUUUUUACUUAAAUCGUAACUAAAUAUCGGGAAUAUUAGAUGUCUGUUGAUGUAUCGCUAUAUUCCAGAUGAUACUCUUUAUAGAAUACAAAUCAAAGAUUCAAUGCCACGACCAUGAUUGCAGUUGGACAAUUAGCUUCAUCAUUCAUAGUUUCAAUGAUAGUCAUUCAAUAAACAAAUAUUAUUGAUAUGGGUAUGUGACCAUCAUUCAUAGAUAUAUUUUUAGGUUUUUUCUUGCGUGAUAUGUUUUCUUUUUAUAUAAAAUGCUUCAGUCACAUAAAUAUAAUGUUAUUUUUAAACGUGUUUCGUUUUGCCAGAAAGAGAUAGUAAAUACAUAUCUGGUGUAAAUACAUUUCUGUGUGUAGUAAAUACAUUUCAACAUAAGGCCGCCGGUUACUAUAGCUUACUUAAUUGCUACCUCUCAAUUCAAUCUCAACAUAAAAUCUUAUAUAAUUGUCGCUAUACUUCUGAACCACCAAAUCGUUCAAAAACUUAUUAAGUAUAUAAGAUGUACCGCCUUUAUUUUUGUUGGUGUUUUUAUAAUACAUGGGCAUAAACACCAAGUCCAAGUCUAUAUGUAUUUUUCAAAAUUUAUGUCCGAAAAUUUUCAAGACAUUUGUAAUAAGUACCACAAACUUACUUUAUCGAACUUUUCCAUCUUUAUUGAUAAGUAAUUCCGUUGCCACAAAAAUUGCCCAAUCGUAUGUUUAGCAAACGACAUUAUUACAUAUUAAAUUGUAAUGAAUUUUCGCCUACUAAUAACAAUAUUUAUGAAGAGUACUUGUAUAGGUAUUUGUAUUGACAAACAUCUAUAUUUUCACGUAUAUUUCCGUUCCUUUUAAAUUAUUAACAGCAAAAUAAAAUAUUGAAGUCAUUACAAAUAAUACAAAAAUUAAUUAAGCUUUUGCUCCUUUAAUAUUUUUAAUUGUAUGACAUGAUUUAAUAAAAGGAAUAUAUAUGAACGAAUAUUAGAAUAUUUUUUCAAAUGCUUAGGCGCGAGAUGCACCGACAGUUUAAAACUUUAAAUGGUAGUUUAAACGUGUAUAUUUGCACCAUCAUACGAAGGGGCGUUUUUUGUAGGAACAACGUUUCGUUUGAUCUGUGACGUAAAAGCUGGUCAGCUUAUACAGACAGAUCAGUCGGCACUCUAGUUUUCUUCGUAUAAUUUCUACAUUGGUAUUGAUAUUUGGUAUACUAUGUACAUACAUAAAUAUUUAUUACUUUCAUCUACUUAGAAUUACGUCGAAUCAGUUGUUUCAGCUAUUAUCAGUAGAUAAUAGUUAUAAUAUGUUAUUAUUAUUUUAAAAUUAUUCUAGUUCUAAUAUCAAAUUAAUAAAGUUCAUUUUGAAUGGCAAUAACUAGGUAGUAGUUUCGACUAAUGCCAUAACAAAUUUUAUUAAUAUAGGAUAUGAUAUAUUUUCAGAAUUUCAUAUAUCAGUGUUGGAAUAAGAACUACGUAUAUUAACAUUGGUGAUACUUCAAAUAAUAAGUUGAUGUAGAAAUAAUACGGAUCUGUUCGUAAAGCAAUAGUUAACGAAUAAUUUUGGUGUAAUAUAUCUAUAUGUUAUGAGAUUUAUUGAUUGACCAGGUAGUUGUAAUGCGUUGUAGUUUCCUUUCGUCGUUGUAGAUAAAUAAGUAGAUAGAUAUAUAGUCUGUGAGGGUAGAAUUGAGAGUUGUAUCUUCAAAUUAUCGACGUACAUUUAACAUACUUCACUUUUAUUUAGUUAAAAAAAUUGUAAUUCUAA